AGUAAACCAGUCCUGUCAGAAUAGUCUGGACUCCAUAGGAGUGGAACGCCCGGAAGCAAUGGUGGUUUCAGAGUCUUCAGACCCGCCAUCGCCCUCUCGAGCUCACCGGGGAGGGGAACAAGAAGAGAGGCUUCGGCCACGGUUCUUCGACGCCAAGGCCAAGGCCCGUUGCUGGGAAUUUGCUGAAGUUGUACCAGGCCGCCACCCUGAAAGGUGGCGACGCGACCCGGCGGGCAACGUCGUCUGCAAGCGCUUUUAUAACUGUCAGGGCUGUCUCUGUUUCGAAUACGAUCACAUCAUCCCCUAUUCCAAAGGCGGUGAGUCCAUUGCAGAGAAUUGCCAGAUUCUUCAGACGAGGGUGAAUAGGUACAAGUCAGAUAAGGAGUGGGUGGAUAAAAAAGAACUUGAGGGUUUCUCUUGUGACAUCAAGUUUACCGAUAAGGAACUGGAUAUAAUUGAGAUGGCUGUUUAUGGGGACGUCAUCCGUCCAGGAAAUGAGUGUCGCUGCCGAACCGUUGCAGAAAUGCUGGGCAAGGUUAAAUCCAAAAGGCCUGUGGCUGCUUGCAAGUUGCCAUAUGCAGAAGGUUCUUGAUUCUUUUCUUAUUCGUAUUUGAUUUUGUAUUGAAUUAUAUAAACUAUUUCUUCUUAUUUCAUUCAAAAUCAUACUAAGGGACAUUUAGUAUGGGUUUAAGAUCAGUCAUAUCAGGCACAAAUUUUGUUCAAGGU